AUGGGUAGCUCACCGAACCAGAACCAAGAAGAGCCAGUGGCCACACAAGCUCCUCCUUCUCUAGCCCCAUCUCUCCAAAAGACAGAAGAAGAGGUAGUAGAAGGACGUCUACAGGCAGCAGUGGUUAAGUCGGUCACGCGACAAAAAUUUGAAGCCGAAAACAAAAACAUGGCGACGCGAACACGGACACUCCUCAAAGUAUCGGCGUCGGCUCUGCCCAGCCAUCUCACAGCCAGCACGCUGUCGGGGCCGUCACGCAUCUCCGUACCGCCGAUAGUCCUGAUUGACGAGACCGCCGGGUCGUUGCUCGCCUUCUACCAUCUCGGGCCCCAGCUGUCGGGCCACGUGGGCCUUGUCCACGGCGGGUUCCUCGCCGUCUUGUUGGACGAGUGUAUGGGCCGGGCGUGUUUCGGGCGCCUGCCGGAACGGAUUGGCGUCACGGUGAAUCUGUCGAUGAACUACAAAAAGCCCGUCAGGGUGGACAGCGUGGUCGCGGUUCGAGCCGUGACUGAUCGCAUCGACGGACGCAAAGCUUGGGUCCAAGCCAGCAUCAUUCUUAUUGAAGAGGACGAAGAAGGGAAGGGCAUCGAAAAUUCUCAUAUAGAGGAGGAAAAGGAUGUCGCAGUGGAAGCAACUGCUCUGUUCAUCCAACCGAGAUGGGCGGCAAGCAUGGAACCCGUGGUGUAG